AUGGAUACUUCGCCACUGCAGUCAACUUCAAAGUGCGGGUCUGAUUUCAGCAUAGAACGGAUUCUGAGAAGUGAUAACCCGAGACUUACAAGCCGGAGUGAAGAUGUACAAGUUCCAGAUUGGUUGUGCUGUACUCGUUAUCGACCACCGCGUCUUCCACGUGUAAUGAACGGUGGCGGAUGUCGAGCACGUCGGUCUGGACGUCACGCACGGGUGCCCUUCACGGCAGCCCAGGCGGCGGCCCUUGAGGCUGCUUAUGCCCGAGCGCCGUACCUUGCACCACCGGCACUGCGCGCACUAGCUGCAGCCUUACAAUUACGAGAUGACAGAAUAAAAAUCUGGUUUCAAAAUCGUCGUGCGAGAGAAAGAAGGGAGAAAUGCAUUAACAUUGCACCGCCAAUGGCUGUAACUCUGCCUCCUACUGUCGGCGUGCAAGCUCCUUGGAUACCGACUUGCUCUUGGAUGGGAAAUGGUGCACCAAUUGAAACUUUAAAUAUCAACACCGUGAUAAAGAGCGAAGAGCAAAGCGUUUUGAAUAAAAGAACGAAAGAAUAUGGUCCAGAAAUGGCUAGAAUUGAUAGGUCUUCGUUUCGUGAGUCUAUGGAUGAAGAGCAUUCUGAGUUACCUUUAGAUAUCGAGACGGUUGAAGACUGA